AGGAAUCGUUUCACCCGGUUAGAAGAUUACACCAGGUCAGACGUGGCUAAGGAUUUUCUUAUUCCUGACAGCAGCAGGAAGGAGAGGAAGGCAACCUUGAUGGGAGCUGGGAACAGAGUGCAACAGGGAGGAAGAUUUCGCUUCUGAGCAACUUUUGGGGAGCCUGGUCGCCCACCCAUCUGCAGCCCCUGGCUCUAUUCACCGCUCAGGAAUUACGUGCCAAACCUGGAACAGGGACUUACCUUCCUAGCCAAGCUCUCAGGAUAGAACAUAGUUUUGGAAGCAAUUGCUGAGAAGAUCAACCACUGUUGGCCAGGGUGAUCUCUGAGAAGCACAGAGGGCUGUAACUCAAGGAAAAGGUGAAGUAACAAAUUGUGAAGAAAUUUCACUUCUCCAAGUUUAUAAAGGUUAUUUAUUUUUCCUGACUCUGUAAGGGUUAGGGUGGUGUUUGGGUUUCUUGAUGUGGGUUUUGUGUUUGGUUGGUUGGCUUUUGUUUUGUUUUGUUUUUAUUAUUAUUUAUUUCUGGGGGAAAGGUAAUUCUAAAAAUAUUUAAUGGACGUUUUGCCUUUAACAUGAGCAAUAGACCUAUGAGUGUGUGGGAGCUGUUUUCAGGAGAUCUUACAAUUAUUUUUUAUUAGGCGAAAGGGCAGUAUAAAUCAAAGAAGCAUAUUAGCUAUACAUUUUAAUUUAUAGCCUACCAGGUGUUCAGGGAAUUUAUUUACAGCAUAAACGGUUUAAUGUUUUCAGCAUGAUUUCUAUUUCAGCUCUUAUAUUUUCGGCUUUAUUUCCCUGUAUAUUAUGAAAUUUGGUUGAGGACCUGGGCUUUUAAACUGUGGCAGCAAGUGGCGUUGAACUAAAUGUAACCUGCAGGUAGAAAAAUAGUUUGCUCUGCACCUCAGUUUUCUCCAGAAAGCGUUCCUUAAUACGGGGAGAUGAUGAGAAGGAGCAACCAGCGGGCACACCUCAGAGUUUUGUUGUGACUUCUGAGGAUGUUGAGAAAGCAUUUGCUGUAAAUCAGGUUGUCAGUGGCAGAAAUCACCGACCUCUCCGUACCUGGGGACAGCGGCCGGUACCCGCGGGCAGGUGGCUCCGGGCAGGUUUUGGCGGGGCGUGGAGCGGAGCCCCUCGGAGGGAUGAGGGCUCCCGGGAUGCCACUGGCACGGAGCCGGCGUCCCCAGGUGUUGCUGUCCGCUUGGGCAGGGCCACAGCGUGCGGGGAUCCCAUCCUCUGCAGUCAAACAGCAGAUUGGCUUGUCAAGAAUAUCCCUUUCGAAGAGCCGCCGGAAGGUGGGGGCAAGGGGUGCACCAAACCCCCUCCCCCCGGCUUUCUCGCUAUAUCUUACUUCGUAAUAGCCGGGGGCAGUUUCUUGCGCAAUGAAGCUGCAUAAAGGGGCGGAUUGUGUUACCUUUGGUUUUUACAUAAGUGCUUUCCCGUGAUGGAAAAAGUUGAUCCCGUCGUCGGGGGCUGCAGGGCUGCCGGUGGGGCGCGGGGGUGGCGGCCGGUCCCUGUCGGGGUACCGGGGGGGUGGCUGCGCUCCCGCCGCUCCGGCCGCCUCCACCGCCUCUUCCUCAACCCCGCGCCGCAACCCGCCUCGCGCGGCAGCGCAACCUGCCACAGAUAUUUGCAACGCCCAGGCCAGACUGACGGACGGAGAAGUGGAAGGCGAAAGGGGAGAGGGGAGAGGAGGAGAAAACUUUCCACUAAUCUACUUUUUUGGCCAGGAGCGCCCGUGUUCACAGACGGCGAGUACCUCCCACUUAGCCCCCCCUCCCCUUUACUAGCGUACAAUUAACAUCAUUAGGAAUCAGCCCUUCAGCUAAUAGAGGAACUGCGACGAACAACGGUAGGUGUGCGAAAGAAAAGGCGGCAACGGUCCCAGGCUGGGCUUUGGGGCUUGAUCUAGUAAGUGCUCCCACUGGUGGGGGGAUCGCCCUUUCCACUGUGCUGCGGCAGGGGAGGCGCUGACCUAGGGGUAAACACAGAAAGGGAGAGGUAGAGGGAGAGAGAGAGAGAGGAGCUCGGCUGCAGAAGAUGUGAAGAGCUUGGCUGGCGUCCUUAGGGUCUGCUGAGUGCAUGUGCUGUCGGGUGUUUCCCUUCAUCGCUGUUUUUUGAUUCCGGUCCCGGGAAGCGCUGACUUCUAGUCUUUGGCUGUGGGUAUCCUGCCCGGGCUCUUGAGCUCUCCGCACAUGUUCCUAGGGCGCCAUCUCUUUGCAAAACCCUCCGUCCUCCCGCAGGUCUCCCAGAGGCUGUUUCGGAGCGUGUGAACAUCGCAGGCUCCAGCCCAGUCCAACCUGCAGAGCCAAGCAUGCUCCCCAGCCCCUGAGCCUCCCUGGGCUACCGCUCCUCUUAAACCUCUCGAGCUCUCCACCAAGGCAUCGCUCUCUGCUUGAGUUCCCUGUCCUCAACACUGUUGUGGAACCAGCUUUCCGGAAGCAGAGGACGUGAACCUGACUUUUUUUUUUUUUUUUCCAGAGGUAUACUUAAAGACAGAUGUAUAGAUGCAUUUCCAUCUGCACUCCCCCUCCGCCACCCCCCGGCCUGAAUCGCUGUUUUAAGACCCGGAGGAUACAAUGUUCACUAAACUCUUCCAGCAGUGGAGUUUCGCAGUGUUUCUGCUGAGUUAUUCCGUGCCUUCUUACGGGAGAUCAGUAGAGGGGAUCAGCCGCAGACUCAAACGAGCUGUAUCAGAGCACCAGCUAUUGCAUGACAAGGGCAAGUCAAUCCAAGACUUACGAAGAAGAAUAUUCCUUCAAAAUUUAAUUGAAGGUGUCAACACUGCAGAAAUUCGUGCAACUUCAGAGGUUUCACCUAACCCUAAGCCUGCUACCAACACGAAGAACUACCCUGUCCGAUUUGGUAGCGAAGAUGAGGGCAGAUACCUAACUCAGGAGACAAACAAAUCACAGACCUACAAGGAGCAACCCCUGAAGGCAUCAGGGAAGAAAAAGAAAGCAAAGCCUGGAAAACGUAAGGAACAGGAGAAGAAAAAGAGGCGAGCUCGCUCAGCUUGGCUAAAUUCUGACAUGUAUGGAAGCAGUGUGACCGUGAGCCCACUCUUGGACAACUCCGUUACUACACAUAAUCACAAUUUAAGGAGGCGCUGACAUUUUCAGCAAGAAAUUUUUGGAAGACAUAUUGCAGUAUUCUGUAAUAGUGAACAUAUGGGAAGUAUUAAAAUAUUUAUUACCUGUAAAUAUUGUAAAUGCUCAGAAUAAAACUUUUUCCCCCAUUGCUCUCUGAAACUGCACAUUUGGUUAUUGUGAAUUUUCUUUGUUUCUUUUUUUUUUUUCCCCUAAGGCUAAGACAAUUAUUAUUAUCACAUUUAACAUAAUUUAUUUUGUUGACUGGUGUAUUUAUUUUGUGAACGUAUCUUGGUGCUGCUGACUUUCUAUAUUUUUUGUAACAUAAUGCACUUUAGAUAUACAUAUCGAGUACAUUGAUAAGUGACAUAAAAUGUUCCCAUUUCGUGGUUGACUUCAAUGAAUGCCUACAUACAAUUGUUCAAACUGAUUUUCCUUUGUGCAUGUAUAAUAGCAGUAUUUUAAAAUUUGUAAAGAAUGUCUAAUAAAAUAUAAUCUAAUUAAA